AUGUCAUUCACACCUCCCAACACUCAGGGCAUUCGCUCCAUCAACAUCAACAACCCCGCCUCAUCUCCGCCGCACCCAACCGAGGUAGUCUAUGUCGACAUCUACACCGACCGCAUCACAAAGGAAAAGUUCAUUCUCUGGGAAGAUGUCCGUCUGGUCUUCCACAACGCCCUUUAUGUCCGACACAAAGCAAGGAUGGUUCCCUUUAUGAAAGACGACGAUUUCAACACGCAACAACUCGACGAAGCGGCUGUUCGAGUCCGUAACAAAGAGCUCGCGCGCAAGUACGCCAAAAAAGCGAUGACCAAGAUUGCAGACACGAUGGAUCUCGACGCGCUGUACACAAAGGGCGAUGCAGGUCCCUCUGACUUUUGGAAGGCUCUGGAGUGCUACAUGAAGGCUGUCCAUCAGAGUCAUGCGCAUGCUCAGGUCCAAGUCGGCGACCUUUUUUUUGAAGGCCAGGAUGUUUCUAAGGAUUCGUUCAUCGCCAUGGGAUGGUAUCAUAAAGCGAGUUUCAAGGAGACACCAAAGCUCAGCGAAAAGUUGAGGCCCAUAGACUCGGCACCCGACACGCCCACGAGCAGCUUACUCAAUCAGAGUGGCAUUGACGCCCAGGUCGCUCUUGGAGAUAAUUACAUGUACAACCAGAACUACCAAGCUGCCAUGGAAUGCUACCUCAAGGCCGCCAACCAAUGA